GGGAGCGCUGAGGGGCGCGACCUGCCCGGCCCGGCCCGGCCCGGCCCCCGUGCCCUCCCUUCCCGUCCCUGUCGUGUGCCGCUCACAGCCCCGCCGCGGUUCCUCCGCGCUCCCCGGUCGACGGCUCCCGGCAAAUGGCGGCUCCGCUGUUCGCUCCUCGCCAGCCGCGUGAGAAACCCUCAGGGCUCGCUCUCCGUCAGGGUAUCGAACAGAUACGGUGCCCCUUCCCGGGAGCGAGCUCCCCGCUGCGGAGCCUCUUGCAGGGUUGUGCGGUAGCGGGCCAGAGGGAACCCACCCAGAAGGGCUGCCCCUGAGCCCGUUCCCAGCCGCGGAGCGGGGCCGGGGGCUCGGAGCGGCCUCCCUGAGCGCGCUGAGCUGAGGGUGAGGGCGCUCACAGGGCACGGCCGCUGCCUGCCUGCCUGCUAAGGGAGCGCACGGCUGUCGGGUGUUGCCCCUCACCCUGCGGGAUAACACGUUAGCCCCACCUGGGAUUCUGCAUCGCGGUACUCGAGCUCCCGGGAUGCAGGGAGCUCUUUUGGGCGGUCAGCACCUGUCUAAAGCACUGCUGCUUGGGGAAUGGAGCCUGCGCGGUGUAGGAGGGACCUGAUGGUGAGCGGCGAGAGUUGGGAUUUGAUGGAAUAACGGCCCCAAAUUCCCGGUGUUUCCCGUGCUCUGCAGGGGUGUGAGCCGCUGGUCUCCCUGGUUUCCUCUUGGUUUCCUGGUGAUCUCUUGUCCCGUGGGGUGUAGGAGCAAUCCCUGGUGCCCCGCCGGGACCGUCCCUGCUCAGGCAACAGGAGGUGCCACGCGUGGACUUUCCGUGGCGUAGUUUUUUUCCCCCUGGGAGUUCGGACUGGAUAGAACUCGGCCUUUUCCCCGGGACUGCCACCAACACAGAAUUUUGGUGUAAGCUUCGUGGAUAGAAAUUUAAAUAUUGGUUUGUUGUUACUGUUUGACAUCACGAGCUGUUUGCAGAAUAGUAUUAGUGGAUUUAAUAGAAUGGAUUAGUGGCAAGACCCAGGUUAGGCAGGUGGAAUUUCCCUCGUGCAGGUCUUGAUAACCAACAGCUUUUAAAAAAACUCGGGGAUAAAAUUUUUGAUACAUACGACUUUAAAAGGAGUUACUUUAUGGAUAAUUAACUUUAUAGGUGGUCUUUGUAGGGGGAGGGAGGUUUAGUUGUUUUUGUUUCCCCUGUGUUUUUUUAAGGUGUUAGCAACACUGAAAAAUAUUGCACAUAAUGUUUUUCACACUACCUGCUUCUCCAAACAAGCUGCAGAGUUAGCAGAUCAGAAAAUUUUUAUUAUUCUAAGGGACUUUGUACUCCAGCAUCCUUUUUCCUUCUUGCCUCUGGGAGCUGAGGCAAGACUGGUAUUUCUUAAAAAGCACGAGCAAGGUGCUUUUGUCAGCAUAUAAAGGGAAGGCGGGGCUUUAAGAUUGGUUUGGUGGUCAUUUAUGGGAAGAGAGUUCUAAGGAAGAAAUAAUCCAGGUGGUACAGAUGUAGGAUCUGAGGCUGCCUGUGAAGGUAUCAGUGAGGGAGUGGCUCAGGGAUCCUAAAGCCUCCUCUGAUCCUGCAGACCUUGCGUUAGCAGCAGAGUUACCCUCUGUGGGAAGUCAGUUUGGCAGUGCUUGGGUCCUCUUCUUCUUCUGUAGCUCUGAGCUUGUGUGUGAGGACAAGGAUGGAACUCAAAUAUUGUGCCUUGCACUUCUCGUAAAUGUGUUCUCUGCCCUCUGGAAGUAAAACCCAUGAAGUCAGUUGAGAACUGGUCCUGGAAGAUUUGAUGCACUUUACAGGAAUAAAUUCAAAUAGAGAUUUCCAGACUUUACUGUUUUAUUCAAAGGGAUAUUUAUGACUUUUGCAAGUUGUUGGUAAAUGUCCCGUUACACUGAAGCAGAAUUUAGAUUUGCUCGAGGCUCUAAACAAACAGAAUUGUCAAUUUGUGUCAGAACUGAGAGACAGCUUCUGUUGGUGGCUGGGUACAGAGAACAAAUACGAGAUUUCCUCACUUCCAGAACAGUUUGUACAUCCUGAUCAACACCAACCACAUGUGAAGGCAAUAGUCUGUGCCAUCUCCUGUGCUGCAAUUCCCUUUUAAAUGAACUUUAUGUCCUGGGACUAAUGUUUAUGUGAUGCAUAUGUCCUUUGUGAUCUCUCAGGGCAGGGGCACGGUGUGGGCACUGCCCUGAGGCUCCGGGGAGCUCGUUUCCUGGGAACACACAGCUGCCAGGUCCCAGCUUUGGCACUGGAGUGCGGCCCCAGGACCUGGCAGCACAGAAAUAGCCACUGGAAGCCACAGGGGAGAAGGGUUAAAGAGCUUCCCUUUCACCUUAGGCAAACUUGGAAAUACUUGGAAACAGGAAUGCUAUUGGGAGGAGGGACAGCUGUUUGUUUUUUGUCCUCCCACAGAGUACAACCUAUUUAAAUAUUUAUGUGUUCUGUUAUUAAAAGACUUGACUUUCUUUCCUGUAUUUUCUGGUUAUUAAGUUGUGAAUGGUGGAGAUGGAGAGAUUUGUAAUUGCUAAUUCUUCCACUUGUAGUGACAUUGAAAAAAAUUCUACUGUUUUAUUUCCUCAGAGAAAUACGUUGGUAGAGUUUACAUCAGAUUUAAAUGGUUUCACCAAGGAUUACACUUCUUCCUUUUAAUAUUAUUGCUUUUGGUUACUUAGUAUAUUUUAUAAUCUUAGUGGGCUAUCUGAACAUGCAGGAAAAGGGGAUUUCAGACAAUGCAACCUUGAAGAGAAAAUGGCAGAAGCUUCAUAUUAAAUGUCAUUGCAGAACAUUAUUAAUGCAGAUAUUAAAGCACUUGUGGAUGCGAAAGUUAUAUAUUUGUUAUUCCUAAAUAGCUCUGAAUGGCCACUGGGUCCUUCGUUGAUUCACACAUGGCCUUUUCCAGCCUUGGUCACAUCCUGGGGAUCUGUUCUCCUACAGGGUCACAGCAUCUAGAACUGUGUAACUACUCACAGCAUCUAUUUGUAAGUGUCAAGGAAACAUCAGGGUUUAAUGACAUGGAACUUCUCGGGUUGCAGAGCUCUUGCAGGGGUGGGAAAUGUAAAACCAGAACUCCUAGGGCUCCAGGGGAAAACUUCAGCAGGUGAUUACGCUUAGGAAGUAAUCUUUUGAAAUCAACAGAUCAUGGGUGACACCAAAGGUGUCCAGAGUCUCUGUUGGGCUGAGGCCUUGGGCAUACAUCAUAGUUUAAAAUUAAGGUAUUUCACCUCAAUGUAAAAUGAGUUUCACAAGGAACAUGUUUUGUGCACAGUGCAGACCUUCAAUACCCAGUCUGAAAGUAAUUUAGCAUGAGAAAGAAUAUUUCAUUUGCUAGUAGACACCGAGUGUUUCAUGUCCUCGGGUAGUUUCAAUUUGUCAGGUGUGACUGAUGUACUGCUGCUGUUUGGUUUUGGGGUCUGUGCACCCAAGGGAGCCUGCAGGGAGUGAAGGUUGCCCCCUUUUUGUUGAGGUGACUGGCUGGCCUCCGACAGGCUUUUGCAAGGUUGGUGCUUUGUUCCCCAAAGUUUGCACCCCGUCAUUGUUUUUUCCAAGUAAUCCUUUUUUCUACAAUUCCCCAUCUAGCCGUCUGGUCAAAGAUGGUGGCAAAAGUCGCAAAUAAACUCGAUCAGAAAAUGGCUCAGGUGCAGGGCAGGCAGCCUCUGGGUGUGGGCCUGGUUUGCGGUGUCUGCGCAGGUGACGGCGAGAGACAAAUCUCUGCCACGUUUCAGCGUCCAGAGCUGCGGUGCGGACGGGAGCCACAGCGGGAGUGCCCGUGGCAACUACAAAUCCCAGGGAGCCGUGCCGGGAGCGGCUGGGCGCGGCCAGCGGGGCCAAUGGCAGCGGGCAGCUCCGUGCGGCCGGGCUCGCAGCGUUCAAAAGCGGCGGCCGGAGCUCGGCCCGCGCCCGGAGCCGCCUGCUGCCCUGGGCUGCCUCCGGCUCCCGUGGGAGCGCUCCUUGCCGCUCUGUUCCACAGCCUCCCCGCCGCCUGGAAAGAGCUCUCCGCGCCGCUGCCCAUGGAUGCCAUCCUGAGCUGCAACCCGGAGGAGCUGGAGGAUUACUACAACUUGCUGGGAUGCGAUGAGCUAUCGACGGUUGAACAGAUUCUUGCUGAAUAUAAGAUUAAAGCCCUUGAAUGUCAUCCUGACAAGCAUCCUGGAAACCCCAAAGCAGUGGAGGAUUUCCAGAAGCUGCAGCAAGCCAAGGAGACUCUGACUAACGAAGAGAGGCGGGCACGUUACGAUUUCUGGCGCCGGAGCAAAGUGUCCAUCCCGUUCCAGCAGUGGGAGGCCCUGAGCAGCUCGGUGAAAACGUCAAUGCACUGGGCUGUCCAAAGUAAGAAGGACCAAAUGCUGGAAGCUCCCGACUUUGACAAUCCCAACAACGUGACCAGUGAGAUGUGGACCCAACAGACAGGAGAUGGAUUGCUGGAAGGGAGCAGGGAGCAGGAGGAUGUUGCAAUUCCUGAUGUGCAACCACAGUCUUCAAAGAACCCAGACUCCCCAAGAUUUUCAGAGGGGAAUUACUGGCACUUGCGUUUCCGCUGGUCGGGCGAUGCUCCGUCAGACCUUCUGAGGAAAUUCAGAAACUAUGAGAUCUGAAAUGAGAAACACACAGGAGCACGACAUCAGCUCUUCAACAGUUCAGUAUUUUUUUUUUUUUGCCAGCAGUUAUAAGUUAUUUGUCUUUUGUAUUCUCUGAUUGUAGUGUGUUGUUCCAGCCAAUGUCUAAAUACUGGUUUAUCACACAUGCUGUGAGCGUUACAGAUGGAGGUUUUUCUGUUCAGUAAGCAAAGCCUUUUCCAGUGUUAACAUUAAGUGAUUUUGUGAAGUUAUCAAACAUUUAUAUACUGUUUCUUGUAUUCUCAAAUAUUAUGUAGUGAUGAAUACUUCUCUCCAUAGUGUGAAGUUAUAAAAAACAUACUCUCAGUAGAGCCCUGGGCUCCAGGGUAUCCUGCUCAGCAAGAAUCUUCUGAAAGCUGUAUGACAAUGGACUGUAAACAGAACUGUGCUUAUGUCUCAACUCUGCUCUGCUUCCAUCUCCAUUGCAUUGUACUCACUGCAGUGAUUUAUAAUGUACCCAUUACAAACUUGUAGGAGAGUUGUGAUCUGAUGUUAUAGAUGAAAUAAGAAGGUUCUUGUUACCCAAGGUCUCUCUGACAGAUCAAGCACUCCUAAAAAUCACUCGUCUUCUACCUUAACAAGAACACUUUUUGCACCAGCUAUUUGUUUUGGAAGGCAGUUCCAGAACUUCUCCAGAGAGCAAUUUUUGUCUUAAGAUGUAUUGGUGGAAAACUGAAGCCCUGUGUAUGUGUGCCAGCAUUGUCCUGUGGCUUCACAGCACUUCCCAUCCCUGCUCAGGUGUGCUAGACAUGGUUUUAUCAGGGUUUUGUAUGGCAAGAAAUGAAAAAUCAGAACAGUCAGCACUAAUGUGUACAAAACCUCACAUGAAAAGUUUUUGGUCCUUUGGGCACCUUUUCAAAUUCUACAUUGUUGUUUAUUUAUUUUGUGUUUGUUUUCUUCUUUGCAAACUUGGCUAAUAUGUCGGCUGUUGACAUUGUGGUGUUGUGCAGGCAAAUGAUUCCAUCAGCAGCAAAUAAAACUUCAUGCGUAGAGAAAAG